AUGCCCAGACAGACCCUCGUGACCAGGAACAAGAAGCCAUGCCCUCAUUGCACCUUUGUGAUAACCCACAUCCCGCAAGACCUCAGCUGGCACUUCGUGGUGGAUCUCUACUGCGUGGCCGACCGCUCGCUGCUUCACUUUCAAAUUCUGCGCGACAUCUCGAAGCGCAACACUCCCGAGGGCGAGCACUUCAUCCUCGUCAAGGUGAAGCAUGGCGCUGCUCGCAAGGCGAUCGAAUCUGUGCUUCGUGAGCACCAAGCCGUCACCAGGACCGUCAGUAACGACGAGAGCGAGGCUCUGAUCGAGCGCUCCACGGGCAACGACGACGAUCUUUUCAGCCAGUAUGGCAUCGACCCUAGCUCGGGCAUGGGCGAAACGUCAUGCGCUGGUGCGCAAAGGUCUCUCCCAGCCCCUACCGUCGACCAGGAGGCAGUUAACUCACCCUGA